CCCAUUAUAACUUAUUCUCAAGAGCCCCAGACCGUUGGGAAACUUUCAUAAACAAUGUAAACAGGUCUUUCGAUCCACAGACAGGUUUAGGCCUAGCUUUUGCAAGUGAUUUCUAUAGACAAUGAGGGUCCACCCACUGGAGACUUGCAAUUUUCUUCUUUCUUGCUUUGCUUCUCAUUGCAGGCCGUUUUCAGUCAAACUGGGAGGCGUUUCAUUGUGUGACUGUCUUAUUGAGUUAAAAUGGUAUUUCAGAUAUCGUUUUUUUUUUAGACAAUUGAAGAUACAGACAUGGGAACUUGGAUGCAUUGUUGGAUUUUGUUAUGUUCUUGCUUUUUGGCUUCACACACUACUCACUCGUUCAUCGUGACUCAAUCACCGGGACUCACACACGUCUCAGUCGGUGGUUCUGUUGAAUUGAGAUGUAUAUUUGAGUGGACUGUUGAUCACUGCUAUAGCGCUGCUGUUUGGGAAAAGUUGAAUCUACGGACUGGAAAACUUACGCCAGUGGAUACUAUCCAUCAGAACAGUAUUCGACAAAAUAUAGAUAGAACUUGCGUUUUGAUUCUUAAUAAUUUAACCAAGAAAGAUUCAGGCAUGUAUUAUUGUAUUAGCCAUUAUAGCAAAAUGGUUAUGAUCGGCAAUGGGACCAGGGUGAUCGUAACAGAUCAGUCUGAAGCAGAGCUCUCCAUCUUCUUCUCAGCACAUGAAUCUGACUCAACAUCGGUAUCACUGCAGUGUCUCGUGACUGGACUUGUCCCGUCUCAGGUGCGCGUGUUCUGGAUGAUUAAAGAGAAAGUGUAUUCUGGAUGGACAGAGUCUGCCUGGACAGACAACACUGAUUCAGCCACAGAAUUCACUCGAGCUCAUCUCUCCAUUUCUGCAGAGGAGUGGGACGAUGUCGAUGAAAUUCAGUGCUUUGCUGAAUAUGAUGGGAAAAACAUCUCCACAAAUAUGUUUCGAUUUGGUGCGUAA